UCCUCGAUCACUUUAAUAUUAUAAUAUAGUAUACGUUCUACUGUUUCAUUUAAAAAUAUUAAACCAUCAGAAGAGACAUCUUCAUUUAUUUAAAGUUUGUCAAAUGGAAACUCCAUUUUGAUUCUCUUUUUUUCUUUAUUGAAUUUGUAUCCUUUCGAUCAUUGAUAAUUCUUGGAACAUUGUACUAAAAUUUGAGCUGUUUUUGUUGCUUAAAUAAUAGUAUUUGUGGGAAUAGUAUGUAUAAUGCAAUUGAUAGGAUGGGAAGUAAUUUGUAUGAGAAUGAUGGGGUGGUGAUGACAAGAGACCCAAAGCCAAGAUUGAGGUGGACUGCUGAAUUACAUCAACAAUUUGUUGAUGCUGUCACUAAGCUUGGUGGUCCUGAUAAAGCAACUCCCAAAUUAGUACUGAGGUUAAUGGGCUUGAAGGGUUUGACACUAUACCAUUUGAAGAGUCAUUUGCAGAAGUAUAGACUUGGACAGCUGGCGAAGAAACAAAAUGCAGCCGAGGCAAACAAAGAGAACAGCGGGGACUCCUCUGGACAGUUUGGUUUGCAUUCCUCAGGCCCCAGUACCUCUUCAUUAAGUAUGAACUUUAUGCAAGGAGAGGUCCCAACCACGGAGGCAGUAAUGUCUCAGAUUCAAGUUCAGAAAAUAUUACAGGAGCAGCUUCAGGUGCAACAGAAACUGCAAAUGCGAAUAGAAGCACAAGGUAAGUAUUUGCAAGCAAUAUUAGAUAAAGCUAAGAAGAGCCUCCCAGACAACAUGAACUCUCCUAAUGCACAGGAAGCAACAACCUCUCAUCUCCCUGCUUUCGAUUCACCUCUGUCAAAUUUAAUGGAUUAUGGAGAGAACCGGGACUACAACAUAGAGCUACCAACGUCUAGUUACAUCGUGGAGAAAGAACAAAAGAAGGAUAUGAAUCUUUAUAAGCUCAAAGAAGAUUCCAUUAAUUUCGAUUUGAACUCCAGAAGUAGCUAUAUAUGAUUUUUGUCAAUAAUUGUUCUGUUCACACAAGAUUAUUACAUAGUACAUUAUUUGCUGAA